AUGCCGUUUUCAGACGAGUACGGGCCCUAUCCUGCCUACUUGAACGAGUGGCAGGAAGUCAUAGAGGCGAGACCGGGGUACCCGAUACACGUCAUGUACUUCGAGGACCUGAAAAUGAAUGGGAUGAAAGAAAUCGAAAGGCUUAUUUCAUUUCUAGAGAUCGAUAUAUCGGAUAGUUUGCAGAGAGAUAUACUAGACAUGUGUGGCUUCCAGAAGAUGGCUGCGGACAAAAUGCUCAUACAAGAUCAAGAUGGGUUUUUUAAUGAAAACUUUCGAUUCUUUAGAAAAGGUGAGGUUGGCGACUGGAAGAACUGGUUUACGGUGGAACAGAACGAAUAUUUCGACUCCGAAUGGAACAAACAGAUCCGGGCAGAUACUAUCUUUCAGUUCAAGUACACACAGAAUCAAGCAAACUCCUAA